CAACAACAACACCAGCAGCAACAACAACCAGCCAACACAACACAGCAGCAACAACAACACACACAGCAACAACAACAACAACCACACCAUCGGCAACAACAACACCAGCGGCAACAACAACACCAGCAGCAACGACAAUCACAACCAACUGCAACAACCACACCAGCUGCAAACAACACAGCAGCAACAACAACAUCACAACAGCAGCAACAACAACACCAGCUGCAACAACAACAGCAGCUGCAACAACCACACCAGCUGCAACAACCACACCAGCAGCAACAACAUCACCAGCAGCAACAACAACACCAGCAACAACAACACCAGCUGCAACAACAACACCAGCUGCAACAACAACACAGCAGCAACAACAACACCAGCAGCAACAACAACCAACACCAGCUGCAACAACCACACCAGCUGCAACAACCAAUGUAGCAGCAACAACAACACCAGCAGCAACAACAACACCAGCACAGCAAACAACAACACCAGCAGCAACAACAACACCAGCAGCAACAACAACCACACCAGCUGCAACAACAACACCAGCAGCAACAACAACCACAGCAACAACAACACCAGCAGCAACAACAACCCAACAACAACAACAACAACACAUCAGCAGCAACAACACACCAGCAGCAACAACAACACCAGCUGCAACAACAACAACAACCACACCAGCAGCAACAACAACACCAGCAACAACAACACCAGCAACAACCACACCAGCUGCAACAACAACAC